AUGGUCUAAAAAAAAUUGUUUUUUGAUUUAUAGGCUUUUUUAUUCUUUUUUAUCUACUUAAUUGAUAUAGUUCUCUCAGAUAAAAUUUAAAUUGAUCCCAACUGGUUUGAAUUAAAAGCAUAUAAUGCUUUGAUUGUAAGUAUACUUCCUGAUCAAAUCACAGCUUAUUGGUAGCUUGAUUCAUAAGGAUAUAUUUAAAAAUAAGUAAACUUAACUGGCUGUUAAUGCUCAACAUCAACAUAAGACAAAUCUUUUGUGGAUUAGAAUGUUUUAUACAUAUUUAUUUAUAAAACUGGUAAUUACUAUACUGCUUAAUUUAGUGAUAUUGUAAAUGCUUUAGAUAAAUCAUCAGUAAAUUGCCAAUAAUAAUAAGGAUAAGCAAAUACAAGAUAUUUUUUUUAUAGCGGAUUUUAUAUUAUAACCUAUCAAUCUUAGCUUAUAGUUAGAAAAAAUUUUGUUUUGAUUAACUAAAUGAGUAGUACUGAUAGCAAUGUUAUAAUUAACAAAUAAAUCAAAAAAUUUUCUGAAAAUGAUAGUAAAUGUAUAGCUUAUUAUGACGGAAAUUCAAGUUAUAUUUUUUGGAAAGGGGUAGAAUAUUUAAUCUCUACAAGUACAGAUUAUAAAUAUUAUCUCAUAGAUGAAAACAGUCGAUUAUUUUUUGAUGGUUCACAAUCAAUAUACUAAUUUUAAUUUGACAGUACUAAUUAAAAUCUAGUUAAGAAUAUAUUUAUUCUUCUUGAUACAGGUUCUAUCUUUUCUCAGCUUUUUACAGUUCCAGGAUAUCCAAAUUAAGUAAUUGUCACAUACACAAAGCAAUAACUCUAAUUAUUUGAUACAUAAACUCUCAAAUUUCUUUAUUCUAUUGGAAACUCCUAAAUUGACAUAUCUUCAACGAAUAAUCCUUUCGACUUAAUCCUAACAUAUCAAAAUAUAAUUAUUGUUGGUACAAAUGAAUAUAUUUUAACAUAUCAAAGUAAUGCUUUUUCAUCCUAAAAUAUCUAAAUAAACAACAUUUAUCAACUUCCAUGCACUGAUAUACUCUACAGAAGAAUUUUUUAAAGUACAAAAUCUUAGAUAUUAUUUGAUUAAACUAAUUACUACUUUAUAACUAUGGACGAUUUAGUUUGUACACCAGGUUAAUACAUGGAUUCAAACAAUUAAACUUGCUCACCAUGUCCAUAAAACUGCUCUAAAUGCUUGAAUACCCAAUAAUGUUAAAUUUGUAUAACAGGAUUUACUGUAAUAAAUAAUCAAUGUUUUCAACAAAUACCUAAUUGUAAAACCUAAUCAUCUGCUAGUUAAUGCUCAGAUUGUGUUUCAGGGUAUGUUUUAACUAAUAAUUAAUGUUUCCAAUAAAUAGCUAAUUGUAAAACUUAAUAAUCUGAUACUUAAUGCUCAGAUUGUGUUUCAGGGUAUGUUUUAAUUAAUAAUUAAUGUUUCAGAUAAAUAGAUAAUUGUAAAACAUAAACAUCUGAAAGUUAAUGCUCAGAAUGUGCUUUAGGGUAUGUUUAAAUUAAUAGCCAAUGCAUUCAACAAAUAACUAAUUGUAAAACCUAAUCAACUGCUAAUUAAUGCUCAGUAUGUGAUUCAGGAUAUAUUUUAAGCAAAGAAAAAACUUGCUAAAAUGAUUAAUGUUAAGAAGGAUAAUUCUUAGAUAGCUCAUAGCAAUGCUAGUCUUGUAGCUAGAAUUGUUAAACUUGUUCAUCUUCCACAAUAUGUUUGACUUGCAAUCAAAACUACAAUUUAAAUUCAUAAAAAGAAUGUAUAUCUUGUGAAAUUGACCAAUUCUAUGAUACAAUUUCUUAAAAAUGUACUACAUGCAUUAAAGAUAUGACUAAUAAUGGUUUAUGCGUGGCUUAAUGUGGAGCAAAUCAAUAUUAUGACAAGGUUAAUUAAUAAUGUUAAAAAUGUUCUGUUUAAUAUUAAUGUAAGCCAAGUACUCCCUGUAGUGACUAAUAAUAUUACGAUUAAAGCUAAAUGUAAUGUAUCUCUUGUGAUAAAACUUGCUUAACAUGCUAAGGUCCUCUCAGUUCAGAUUGUAAGUAAUGUCAGAAACAAUAUGUACUUAUAGAGGGUAAAUGCAUUAUGAGCUGCGAAAUCGGCUAAUAUUUUGAUGAGGGUAGCCAGACUUGUAAAAUUUGUAAUGGGAGUAAUAACAGCCAAUGCACAUAUUGCUAAAUCGGAAGUUUUUAUGACAAAGGAAGUAAAAAAUGCUUAAACUGUGAUGCUUCAUGUGAAACUUGUGAAGGAACUGGUAUAAACUAAUGCACAUCAUGCUUUUAAGAUGCAAUUUUGACCAGUGGAUUUUGUUAAUAUUGCUUAAAUGGAUUUUAUUAUGAUCCAAAAUUAUUAGCUUGCGUUUAGUGCGAUAAAAGCUGUAAAACUUGUAAAGGUGGAAGUAAAAAUGAUUGCUUAUCAUGUGAAACUAAUUUUAAUCUAAACAAAAAUUAAUGCACAAUCUAUUAAAGUGAUGAGUAGUGUUAAAACAUAACAACUUAUGAUGAAAAUGUAUUUGAUGAUUGCUUCUAAGGAUAUUAAUUUGCUUAAAUUUCUUCUAUUUGUCUUUAGUUUUUGAUUUUGAGUUCAAUCUUACUUUCUUUUUUGCUAAUUUGCAUUUCUCCACUCUCCAGUCCAGUAAGCUGGUGCUACUUACAAAUUUAGCAAUUAAUUGGAAAUUACAUAUUUUCCCCUUACAUAAAUACUAUAAAUUGGCUAGAUCGUUACAUUAACUGGAAUUACAUGAUUGGAGCAUUAAGAUUAAUUUCAAACUUUAUUAUCUUUAAUUUCUUUUUACUGCUUAGCUCAAAAUCUUGCUUAUCUGUUAUUGAUUACUCCUUUUUUUCAGCCUUUGCUAUCAUUUAUUCACUAUUUCAUUUUCUACUUUUCUCUAAACUUAAAUCAAUAGAUAAAUAUGGCCAAAAUUCUAACUUGUAAUUAAUAUCCCUUGCUUCUGUAGGCACUGAGAGAAUUCAUUUCCUAUAAAGAAUAUUUUGGAUAGGUUUUGAAUUUAGAAAGCUCAUAAUAUCAAUUAUCCAAGGAGCUCUAAUGCUUUCUAGUAACUAGUAUAAAUCAGUUCCUUGGAUUCAUUUUGCCUUUUAAAUAGAAAAACAAUAAUCUAAUGUUAAUUUUAAUGGAAACUUUUCAUAUGCUUUUGAUAUUUUAGAUUUCAAUGGUAACUUCUACAAAUAGUGA